CUGGAUUCGUCUGGUAAAACACAUUCUCAGCAUCAAUGAACAGUGAUCUCUUCUCAAUAAAAUGGUUGUAAAUUUGUAAUUAGGGAGGUAGUAUAACAGUGAUGCUGUGCAGCUUCAUCAAUUCUCUUCCGUCAAGCUCGCAAUCUCCGAUCUGGCGGAGUUUACGCCGUCGAAUUAGCUUCAUUGCUGCUAAUAUCACUUCUCCUCUACCGUCUCCGCCGCUGCUCGCAAAGCUUCCUCGCUUCUCUCUCCUUGCUGACCAGUGUACAUCAAUGCACCAACUAAAGGAAAUCCACGCCCAAAUGAUCAUCACCGGCCGUAUUCUUGACAACUUUGCCGCCAGCCGUUUAUUUUCCUUUGCGGCUCUCUCUCACGCGGGCGACUUGACUUACGCGUUGGAAAUUUUCCGAAGCAUUCAGCAUCCCAACUCAUUCAUGUGGAACACCCUCAUUAGAGCCCAAGCGAGUAGCUCAGAACCACAUGAAGCCUUGUCUCUCUACUUAUUCAUGCGCAGGCUUGGCGUUACCCCAGGUAAACAUACCUUCCCUUUUUUACUUAAAGCUUGUUCCAACAUGAAGGAUUUUUGCGCCACUCAACAGGUUCACACCCAUGUGAUCAAGUUCGGGUUGCAUUUUGAUUUGCAUGCAGUUAACGGAUUGAUUCGUGCUUACUCUGUAUCUGUUGCUUUGAGCCAUGCUCGCAAUCUGUUUGAUGAGUUUCCUGAAAAACAAACAACAAUGUGGACAACGAUGAUAUGUGGGUAUGCUCAAAAUGAUGACAGUUCUGGGGAAGCAGUUAAGUUGUUUGAACUAAUGAUUUCUAUGGGCGUGGAACCCAAUGCGGCCACUCUGGCAUCUGUGCUAUCUGCUUGUGCACAGACCGGUUGUUUGGAAAUGGGGAAAGAAAUUCAUGUAUACAUGGUGGAGAACGGGAUAAGAGUGGGAGUGAUCCUAGGUACAGCACUGGUAAAUAUGUAUGCAAAGAAUGGGGCAAUAGUCCAAGCAACUAAGUGUUUCUUUAAUAUGACAGAAAAGAACAUUGCAACUUGGAAUGCAAUAAUAAGUGGGUUGGGAGCUCAUGGAUAUGUCAAAGAAGCAAUUAACCUGUUUGAGAAUUUACUAGUGGAAGAAAAUUUGAAGCCAAAUGAUAUAACAUUAGUAGGGGUAUUAUCUGCCUGCUGCCAUGCAGGAUUCUUGGGUUAUGGUCGUCGAGUUUUCAACUCCAUGAAAGAACUGCAUGGAAUAGAGCCCAAGCUAGAACACUACAGCUGCUUGGUUGACCUUCUUGGCCGAUGUGGAAAGCUGAUAGAAGCCGAACUGUUGAUUAGAGGAAUGGUUUGGAAGGCUGAUGUGGUUAUUUGGGGGUCUCUGUUGAGAUCCUGUCGUUGCCAUAGGAAUAUAGAAAUUGCAGAACGAGUGGUGAAGGAGAUUCUGCUCUUGGAUCCCAACAAUCACGGCGUUUAUGUUGGUUUAUCUAAUAUGUAUGCAGAGUCUGGACGAUGGGAGGAUGUUUUAUGGAUAAGAAAGGAAAUGAAACAUGGUAGUCUGAAGAAAACUUCUGGAUGGAGCUAUGUUAAUAAGUAAAGCUACGUUAUCUCAACCAAUUUAGGGAAUCUGCACUCUUAGCUUAGGACUAUCCAGUAUUUUCAGAUAUAAACUCGUGACAAGUCAUCAGAUGUUAAAAUUUUAUUGUCAGUGGUUUGCUUUAAAAAAACUCACAAUCUCCCAUCCAACAAAACCAACUAUGAGAUCUUCUUGGCAACAUUAGUAGGUCAUUUGACGCCUUCAGCAGCACUAGAGAAGCUUCAUCCAUUCUGUCGGGCUUACUCAAUGACUUUCCCCUGAGUCCCGACUAUAUCAGGAUAUUGAAGGUGAUGAAGCACUUGAGUUGCAACCAAUGCAAGAAGGGAUAAUCUCUUCUUAACUAUAUGCCUUCAAAUAGAAAAAUGCCAGAACGAUCUGGAUCUUGUAUUUCUGGGAUAAAGCAUGGUUGUGGAGCUAUUGGAAGGAGAGUGACCUACUAAACAUAUCCAUGGUAGUCGAUGGCGCAAUAUGGCGCACGCGCCAUGCGCCAUGUGGCGCGUAAAACCCUAUGCGCUAUGAAAAGGGGCUGUGGCGAGGUGUAUACACAUGGCGUCGUGAGAAGUUAAAGCUGCUGCAACGCAAGAAAAGCUCUGUGACAACCGACAGAAAGGCAAACGACAAGGGGAUUCUCGUGGACUUCUUCCAACUACAAAAGGUAAUCGAAGAGGCAGAGCAAAGGAUGUCAGUUGCCUUUGCUAAGGAGCUCUGUCAGAAAGUGAAAGAAAACAACAACAAUGAAUUGCGCUGCAACUACUGUGGGCACGUAACGAAAGGUGAAAUUACAAGAUUUAAACAACACUUGACCGGGAAGCACCGCAACACAACACAGUGUGAACGCAUUCCCGCUGAUAAGAAGGCUGAACUGCAGGCGUUAGUCUUGAAAGAAUCUGCUGCUAACUUAGAAAAAAAUGUGUGUGAACAAACCUUUCGAAGUACAUACACAGUACAACAGUCCGGUGGGUCAAGUGCAAAUAGGGUGAUUGGAGAUGAUGAUGUUGAGAUAACUGGUUCUCAGUCAAAUGCAGAGGGAGGUGGUGUGACUGGGCCUAUGGAUAAUUUCGUAUAUCCAACAAAAAAACGUAAGAAGGAGGCAUUGACGCAAACAACAAUCCCAUCACACAUGAAGAAAAAAGAGAGGGAUGAGUAUGCUCAAAGCCUUUGUUCGUGGAUGUACAGGAACUGCAUCGCCUUUAAUGUAGCUCGUGACCCUUUGUGGAAAGAAACACUAGAAAAGAUUGGCAGGUUUGGAGCUGGGUUUAAAGCACCAACGUAUCAUGAAGUGAGAGAGACGUUCUUGCGAAAAGAGGUCGCAAAAACAGAUCUUGUGGUUAGUGAGCACAAAAAUAUAUGGGAAUUAGAUGGCUGCACUAUUAUGUCAGAUGGGUGGCAGGAUAAACGGCACAAAACUCUAGUGAACUUUUGCGUGAAUUCUAGCAAAGGGACGGUGUUUAUGAAAGCCGUAGAUGCUUCAUCUUACAAGAAGACCGGGGAAGCACUUUUCAAGCUUUUCGAUGAGUGGAUAAAAGAAAUAGGUCCUCAAAGUGUCAUACAAGUUGUAACCGACAAUGCUAAAAAUUAUGGAUUAGCGAAGAGGAAGAUAGAACAAAGAUAUCCACAUAUCUUCACGACGGGGUGUGCAACUCAUUGUCUUGACCUUGUUCUAGAAGACUUUCCAAAGAAGAUGCCGAUAGUUAGAAGAACUGUGAAGACGGCACAAGGGAUUACUACCUAAAUCUACAGCCAUACCCUUAUUCAUGACUUAAUGAAAGAAUUUACCAAGGGUAGAGAGUUAGUUAGACCAGCUGCCACACGGUUUGCCACUAACUUUCUGACUCUUCAAAGUCUUCUCACGCAGAAACAGGCAUGGAGGCAGAUGUUUGCUUCACCGAAAUGGUUUCAAAGUGAGUUUGCAAAAACUACGGAAGGUCAAUCUUGUUUUGAGUCGAUUUAUCGUCAAAGCUUUUGGAGGAGUGUUGCCUAUGUUAUGAAGAUUUCAUUGCCAGUAGUGAAGGUAUUGAGAAUUACGGAUGAAGAGUUGCCUCCAAUGGGAUUUAUUUAUGAGGCUAUGGAGAGAGCAAAAUUGGGAAUAAAAAACACAUUGGGAGGUAAAGAAGAGAAAUACAUGCCUCUUUGGAAGAUAAUAGAUAAGCGUUGGAAUGAGAACCUGCAUUCUCCAUUACAUGCAGCGGGGUAUUAUCUCAAUCCGCAAUUCUUCUACCCUAAUUCACGGCGAAUCCUCGGAGAUGAAGAAGUAUGCGAUGGUUUUAUAAAAUGUGUGGAGAAGAUGUUGCCCACUAGCAUUGGAGAGAGUGUAGAGUUCUCAACUGAGAUAUCAAACUAUACAAAUGGUAGAGGAAGUUUCGGAACUAAAAUGGCAAUGAACAAUAGGGACAAACAACCACCGGUUGACUGGUGGCUUUCAAAUGGCUCCUCGUCUCCUACAUUGCAACAUCUUGCUGUUCGGAUCCUUAGUUUAACUUGCAGUGCUUCUGGAUGUGAACGAAACUGGAGUGCUUUUGAAAAUGUUCAAAGCAAGAAAAGGACAAGGUUGCUGCAAAAAAAAAUGAAUGAUUUGGUAUACAUUCGGCAGAAUCAACGUCUUCAAGAUCCAGCUUUCAAAAAAAUGAAAGUAUGUUUGGAUGACAUUGACGAUUGCAAUGAAUGGAUUGAUGAAGCUGCUGAGCAAAAUGAAAUGGAAAACUGGGAUGUAGUGGAAGAAGUUGUUGGUGUUAACGAAGCAAAUCACAACACAAGAGCAACAACAUCAAGGGCAUCAACACUUCAGCUGCACGACGAAGAGGAGACAGAGGAGGCGGAGGAAAUGGAGGAAACGGACGAGGUUGCAGAUCCCUCCGAGGAUGAAAUGAAUGAGAAUGGUGUGCCAUUGCUAUCAGAUUCAGACGAAGAUGAUGAGGAGUCUGAUGAUUGAUGAUGAUUAUGCCAUAAUCAUCAAACAAAAACAAGCUAACAAGCCUAAAUCCUAACAUAUUUUGCAAGACAGAAACUUUUUUUUUGAAUAUUAUGUUUUUUGGAAGUACUUUGAACUAUUUUAUCAUGUUUUGGUGGUUGGGUAAACUUGGG